GAGAGAGAGAGAGAGAGAGAGAGAGAGAGAGAGAGAGAGAGAGAAAAGGAGAGAUUGAUUGAUAUUAGACAGAGUGGGGAAAGGUCUCUGAAAGUCUGGUGCUAGAUCCCAUUAUUUUGUGUGAGUGGUGUGUGUGUGUGUGUUGUUUGUGUGUGUUGCAUGAUGUGGUUGAACUUAGUGUGUUAAGUCAGUGGUGCGGUGAUGGCGGUGGCGUUGGAUGCAGUGUGUGUGCGGGUGAAGGGGGUCUGCAAGCAGAACGGUCUGCUCAUCCUCUCUGUGUUGGCCGUCGUCAUCGGCUGCCUGCUGGGAUUCUUCCUGCGCACCAAGCAGCUCUCUGAGCAGGAAGUGAAGUAUUUCCAGUUUCCAGGGGAGCUCCUCAUGAGGAUGCUGAAGAUGUUGAUUCUGCCGCUGGUCGUUUCCAGUCUCAUGUCAGGUCUGGCAGCUCUGGAGCCGAAGUGCUCAAGCAGGUUAGGUCUCAUCACCAUCUCUUACUACCUCUGGACCACGUUUCUGGCGGUGGUGGUCGGCAUCGUCAUGGUUCUGAUCAUCCACCCAGGGGGCGUGGCACAGAAAGAGGACUCAGAGGACAGCAGCAAACCCAUCAUGAGCUCGGCCGACGCCCUGCUUGACCUCAUACGGAACAUGUUUCCCGCCAAUCUGGUUCAAGCUACAUUUCAGCAGUACCGCACUAACAGCGUCCCCGUCAGGAAGACUCUGAAGACGGCGGAGAGCUCGAGCGUGACACGCCGCACGCUCAUCUAUAAUCUCCAAGACGACGGUGACGACAGCGAAAACGGCAGCGACGUCCGCAACUUCCAGCUGGACCUGACGCCUCCGCCGGACGUAGUGAUGCGCACACAGCCUGGGACCAGCGACGGCAUGAACGUGCUGGGCAUCGUCAUCUUCUCAGCUACUAUGGGCAUCAUGUUGGGCAGGAUGGGUCCUAACGGCAGUGCGCUCGUUAACUUCUGCCAAAGUCUUAACGAGGCUGUGCUCAAGAUCGUAGCCAUUGUUAUCUGGUACUUUCCGUUCGGGAUCGUCUUUCUGGUGGCCGGGAAAAUUCUGGAGAUGAGUGAUCCAUCAGAUAUGGGAAAGAAGCUGGGAUUCUACGCCAUUACAGUGGUGAUGGGUCUGAUCCUGCACGGGCUCUUCAUCCUGCCCAGCAUGUACUUCUUCAUCACUAAGAAAAGCCCCAUUGUUUACAUCCGGGGAAUCCUGCAGGCUCUGCUCAUCUCACUGGCCACUUCAUCCAGCUCUGCCACACUGCCCAUCACUUUUAAGUGCCUCCUGGAGAACAACCACAUCGACAGGCGCAUCAUUCGCUUCGUGUUGCCUGUAGGUGCCACUAUAAACAUGGAUGGCACGGCGCUGUACGAGGCUGUAGCAGCGAUCUUCAUCGCUCAGGUCAACAACUAUGAGCUGGACUUUGGCCAGAUCAUCACCAUAAGCAUCACAGCCACAGCAGCGAGUAUAGGAGCGGCGGGCAUCCCGCAGGCCGGCCUGGUUACCAUGGUAAUCGUGCUGACGUCAGUCGGGCUUCCGACAGAUGACAUCACACUCAUCAUCGCUGUGGACUGGGCUCUGGACCGGUUUCGUACUAUGGUGAAUGUGAUGGGAGAUGCGCUCGCUACCGGAAUCAUGGCACACAUCUGCAGAAAGGACUUCAUGCAAGAGGGAGAUGGAGUUCCUCUCAUCUGCGAGACGAAACCUGUUCACACCCAGCAGCAAAUUAACUGCCAGCAGAAAAACGGCAGUUUCCAGCCGCUUCCAGCAGGGGGCAAGCCUGAGCUCGUUUCUCCGGACGUGGCUCGCCUCAUGCGGCUGGAGGAAGGAGUGCGACCCCUGCCACCUGAGAGGAAGAUCCCCCCGGUGCCUCCACGCCACAUGAAACACAAGGACAAGGAGCACUGCUCCAUCGACAUGAACGGCCUCGAGACCAACGUAUAGCAGCUACGACGGACCGUCCGGACGUGAAGGUUCCACACAGAUUAAAGGACUCGCUUCUCGCUGUAGAUUGACUCGGGUUCACAUCUCAUUUUAGUUAGAGAGAAGGACCGGCAUCCGUAGAUUUCUGUUUGUUUCUUUGACUUUGAAACCCGACUUGUAAAUUUUACACAGAAUAACGUUGGAUUUUGGAGCUAACAAGCUAACUCACGCUAACACUUUGUGACUCUUUGUCCAUGCCGGCUCGUCGCACAUGUCUCUAGUGGGUGUGGCCUAGACAGUUUUUUUUUUUUGGUAUCUCCAAUGAGGAUCGAUACUUACCAAACUUUACGUACGGUAGGAAUUAAAGUUGUUAGUGAGGAAACGUUGGAUCACACGUGCUGUAGAACUGGUCUGAGGAAUCCAAGGUUAAUAAAAUCUCCGUUCUAACGGUUUGUUCACACAGAAAACGAUCCAUCGAUUUGUGGUUUGUUUGUGUGAAGGUAGGAUGAAGCACCUCAGGUGUCUCCACUGGGUGAAGAACCUUCUUCGUUCAGGUAUCGAGAGCUGUGAUCCUGUGAGGACAAAUCGCAGGAACUGAACUGUUUCUGCUACAUCCAUGCUAAUCACAUGCUAAAUUAACUUGACAUUGUUGUUUAAGGUAGCGAAUCGCGCUAACAAACCAGUGCUGCGAGAUAAAAUCAGAUCAGAUCGGAUCAGACCUCAAAUCAGCCUGCGUGUUUGCGACAUCCAAUCUAACGUCAGUGAUAAACUUCCUGGUUUGUGCUAGCAUGCUAAACACCGCUAAUAACCGUUAUUAAGCUAGCUCUGAUUUGUCUGCAUGUUAAUGCAUUCGGGUGGAAAUCUAUAUUAUAAAAACAAAUCUAUAUUUCCGCAGCUUAUAUAGCAAGCAGUCAUGUGAUCAGACAUCAGACCGAGUUAAAGACGUGCUAGCAGCUAGCAUGAACACGUUUGGGAUCUUUUCUGCUUCCUGGAGCAAACCAACAGCAGAAAGUUUUAAACUUUCGGGAUGUUUAAUCUGUUUAUCAUACGUAUCGAGUGACUGCUUUUUUUGACCUAUUUAUUUAUCGAUCUAUUUGUCCAUGUUGCUCAUUUAAACACAUUGUGAUGUUCUUCCUAAGUGUCUCCUUCAUCUUGUGGAUAAACGUUUCUCUUCAGCUGCACCGCGAUUCCGAUCACCGUGUAGCCUGCUAUGCUAAUUCUCUCUGUUUUUUAUUUAUUUAUUUAUUUUUAUUCUAGACAGAAAAAUUGUCCAUUUGCUCGAGACGAGAAACCGAACAGCAGGAUAAUUAACGUGUUUUAUGCAAAUGCUUUUAACGAAUUUGUGCAGCUGAGUGUAAAAUGUGUUUGUUUCUGUAGUGUUUCUGUUCGACCGAGGCGGGAAAUAUCCGCGUAUAAAAAUCGACUGGACUUGCGGUCAAAGACGACGGAUACAGAGAUUUAAUGGAAGAGAAAUGUCCUAAAGAUCCAGAUGCGUUCGUCCUCUCUGUCUUUUGUUGUUUCUUUAUUUUCCUCAGCAGU